AUGUCUGCACUCGAGGAUCGUCUAAAAGACCCUUCACUUCUCAAAAGUCAAUGCUAUGUUGACGGAAAAUGGAUAGAAGCGGCGUCCGACAAGCGCUUCUCCGUGGACAACCCUUCAACGGCUGACAUCAUUGGAGAAUGCCCUGAGCUCGACGAAACCGACACCUCCGCCGCCGUCCUCGCCGCGCAGCGCGCCCUGCCUGACUUCCGCAGCACGGCGCCUCGCCAGCGCGCACACCUCCUCCGGCGGUGGCACGACCUGAUGCUCUCGCACACUGCCGACCUCGCCCUUCUCAUAACCUCUGAGAACGGCAAGCCGCUCGCAGACGCGACGACCGAGGUCAAGUACGCCGCGAGCUUCCUGGAGUGGUUCGCCGAGGAGGCGGCGCGCAUUGCCGGCGACGCCAUGCCGGCCAGCAGCAACCCGUCCUGCCGCAUCGUCACCAUGCGCGAGCCCGUUGGCGUCUGCGGCCUCAUCACGCCGUGGAACUUCCCCGCGGCCAUGAUCACGCGCAAGGUCGGCCCCGCGCUGGCCGCGGGCUGCACCGUGGUCGUCAAGGCGCCUGCCGAGGCGCCCCUGACGGCGCUGGCGCUCGCGGAGCUGGCGCACCGCGCGGGCAUCCCAAACGGCGUGAUGAAUGUCAUUACGGCCAUGGAGAAUACGGUAGCGGUGGGUAAAGUGCUAACGACAGAUCCUAUUGUCAAAAAAGUGUCUUUUACGGGAUCGACACCGGUGGGCAAGCUGCUGAUGCAGCAGUCGGCGUCGACGCUGAAGAAGCUCUCCUUUGAGCUGGGCGGUAACGCCCCGUUUAUCGUGUUUGAAGAUGCAGAUCUGGACGCUGCCAUUAAAGGUGUAGUGGCAUGCAAGUUUAGAAUUUCGGGGCAGACUUGCGUCUGCGCAAACAGAAUCCUGGUCCACCGCGCCGUAUACGACAAGUUUCUGUCCAUGCUUGUCGAUGUCGUCAAGACGUUCAAGGUGGGCGACGGGUUGGAGCCCUCCACUACCCACGGACCGCUGAUUCACGGGCGCGCGGUCCAGAAAUGCGAAGACCACGUCAAGGACGCCGUCGCCCAGGGCGCCCGACUGCUCAUUGGUGGCGAGAGACUGCCGCUCGGCGCCAACUACUUUGACAUGACGGUCCUCGCGGACAUGAAGCGUGGUAUGCGCAUCUGCCACGAAGAAACUUUUGGGCCGAUUGCGGCUGUCUUCCCAUUUGAUUCGGAAGAAGAGGCUAUUGCGCUGGCCAACGAUGCAGAUGUUGGCCUUGCAGGCUACUUCUUUAGCAAGGAUCACAGCCGAUGCUGGCGGGUGGCAGAGGCGCUCGAGGUUGGCAUGGUCGGUGUCAAUACAGGAGCCAUUAGCGAUCCGGUGGCGCCGUUUGGUGGUGUCAAGCAGAGUGGCUUUGGCCGGGAGGGCAGCAAGUACGGUAUCGACGAGUAUCUGACUACAAAAAUGGUAAUGAUGGCUGUAUAG